AUGCGGCAUUCCCGAGGAGACGCCGGGAUACCGGGAGAUGCGGGAGCCGGGCCCGGCUGUGCGCAGGUGAACGGGAGACAGCCCGGGAGCCACCGGAACGGCGGAGCCCGGCAGGAGCAGCCCGAGGUGCGGAGCGGCCCCAGCGGGAUCCAGGCCCUCGGGAAGGACUCUGGGGACAAGCCGGGUGUCCCACGCCAAGCCCGGAAUGGGAAUGUGCCCGGGGAAGGGUCGGCUCGGCCUCGGCGUCGGGCCCCGCUCCCACCCCGGGCUGGGAGAUGUGAGGAUGAGGAGGGAGAGCCCGGCAGGAAUUCCCAAAGCCGGGACACGGACGGUGCCACCCGGAAUGGGAAUGUGCUGGGAGAAGGGACGGCUCAGGCUCGGCGUCGGGCUCCGCUCCCUCCCUGGGCUGGGAACAGGGAGGAUGAGGAGGGAGAGCCCGGCAGCAAUUCCCGGAGCCGGGACACGGACGGUGCCACCCGGAAUGGGAAUGUGCCAGGGGAAGGGUCGGCUCGGCCUCAGCCCCCGCCCCCGCUCCCACCCCGGGCUCGGAGCAGGGAGGAUGAGGAGGGAGAGCCCGGCAGGAAUUCCCAGAGCCGGGAGAGGGACACGGACGCUGCCACCAGCCCCGGGGGUGCCGGCCGGAACCCGGAGGCUCCGUCGGGAGCGGAGUGCAGGGAGUGGCUCUGGCAGAGGCUGCGCCGGCUGGGAGAGGACAUGGAGGGCUGGGAAGGGAAGGCCACGGCGGAGCUGGCGGCCGGGCUGGCGCGGCGCAUCGCCGGGACGCCCCUGUGCGGCUACCCCGAGGGGCCGGGGACCCGCGGCGCCCACCGGGAGCGGAGCUCCGGAGCCAGCCCGGACCGCGGCGUUCCCAGCGGGAAUUACGGGAGCCUCCUCGGAAUGCUGAGGGUCAGCGGGAACGCUGAGAGUGUGGAGGAGGACUCGGGCUUGGACCUGCACCAGGAGCAGAGCUCCGGAGCCAGCCCGGACCGCGGCGUUCCCAGCGGGAAUUACGGGAGCCUCCUCGGAAUGCUGAGGGUCAGCGGGAACGCUGAGAGUGUGGAGGAGGACUUGGGCUUGGACCCGCACCGGGAGCAGAGCUCCGGAGCCAGCCCGGACUGUGGCAAUCCCAGUGGGAAUUACGGGAGCCUCCUCGGAAUGCUGAGGGUCAGCGGGAACGCUGAGAGCGUGGAGGAGGACUCGGGCUUGGGAUGGGGCUCGGGCUCGGGCUCGGGCUCGGACCGGGAGCAGGGCUCUGGAGCCAGCCCAGACCACAGCGUUCCCAGCGGGAAUGACGGGAGCUUCUUUGGAAUGCUGAAGGUCAGCGGGAAGACCGAGAGCACGGAGGAGGACUCGGACUCGGGCUCGGAGCGGGAGCAGGCCGCCGUGAACGUCUGCGUGGGGGCUCUGCGCCGCCUGGAGCAGAGGUUCCCGGAGGCGUGGGCGCGCUCCUGGCUGGACUGCGGGCGCGUGGCCGAGGAGGAGGAGCUGGACGGGGACCCGGUGCCCUUCCAGCAGCAGCGCCCGCUGCCCCCGCACAAGGAGAGGAAGAUGGCAGAGCUGCUGCAGGAAUACCUGAGGGAGAGAAUCGUGGUGGAGGGCACCUCCAAAUCCAACAAUUCCUUGAUUCUCUUCCCAAAACCACACGGGCGCGGCUUCCGCCUGAGCCUGGACUGCAGGGCCCUCAACGCCGCCACUCCCAGAAAGCCCCAGGAGACGCUGGACCGGCACGGGAUCCUGACCUCCAUCAACCCCCGGAGCCGCUUCUUCUCGGUGCUGGAUUUGUCCAACGCCUGCCUCGCCAUCCCGCUGGCCCGCAGCUCCUGGCACCGCUUCGCCUUCACCUUCCAGGGCCGGCAGUUCCUGUUCACGCGGCUGGUGCCGACGUUCCACGCCAGCGGCUCCAUCGUGCACCGCCGCGUGGCCGCCAUGCUGGCCGGGCUGGAGCCCGGGGCCGCCCGCGGCGUCUUCCACUACUCCGACGACAUCCUGAUCACCGGGAAGCGGCGGCGGCAGGUGAGAUACCGGACCCGCUGCGUCCUGAAGCUGAUCCAGAAGGCCGGCUUCAAAGUGAACCGGGAGAAGGCGCAGCUGGUGCAGCGCGAGGUGAAUUACCUGGGCAGGACGCUGGGGGCCGCGGGGCGCCGCGUGUCCCAGGAGAAGCUGCGGCAGAUCUGCGGGGACUGCGACGCUCCCGGGCCCUGGAAUGCCAGCCGGCUCCGCUCCAUCCUCGGCAAGUUCAACGAUCUGAAGGAAUUCAUCCCUGACUACUGCGAGCUGGUGCUGCCGCUGCAGCAGCUGGCGGCGCCGGGGAAGUGGGAACGGGAGCGGGAGCAGAAGUGGCAGCGGGAAUGGGAACGGGCCCGGGAGCAGCUGCAGCAGCUGAAGGAGGCCCUGAAAGCCGCGCCCACCCUGCUCUUCCCGAAUAAAUGCCAGCCCUUCGUGAUCCGGCUGUCGGUGCACGCACGGACGGUGGGAGCCGUGCUGCUGCAGGAGAAGGCGGGAACGCUGCUCCCGGUGCAACACUGGUCCCGCAAGCUCAGCGGCCAGAGCUGGUCCCCGCAGGACGCCUCGUGCCUGGCGGCCGUCUGGGCUGUCCAGGCCUUCCAGAAACUCACGGGGCCGGCUCCCCUUGUCAUCCGGGGGCCCGCCGGGCGGUACCUGCUCCGGGGAGAACCGCUGCUCGCCGGCGGCUCCGCUGGCUCCCAGCCCGCGGAGCAGUGGAGGCUGCUGGUGGCCAUCGAGGGCCCGCAGCCGCAGGAAUCCCAAACGGAGACGAUCCCGCCGGCCCCGGAGCUCGGUCAGCUGCCUCCCGACAUUCCCAAAGCCAACGUCUGGUUCCUGGCCGUGGAGAAGGGAUCGUCCCGAAAGCCGACCGUGGCCUUCGCCGCCGCCAGCUUGGAGGAGCGCUGGCUGCUGGGGGUGCGGCGGGGCCCCGAGGAGGAGGAGGCGGCGCUGGAGGCGCUGCGGGAGCUGCUGGAGCAGCACCGGAGCCGCUUCCCGCUGUUCCUGUAUUCCAGCUUCCCGGGGCUGGCGACGGAGCUGGCGCUGCGCCGGCUCCGCGCCUUCCCGGGAGCGCUCCGCGUGCGCCAGGUGGGAACGCCGGGCCAGGCGGCGCCGGACGAGCGGAGCUGGAUUCAGAAGGUGACCGCCAGGGCCAGGGCGGUGGCCGGGAAUUCCGUCAGCGGCUGGAAAUGCUGGGAGCCGUCCGCCUGGGAGCGGCAGGAGAUCGUGGCGCAGUGCCACGGCCGGCACCACGAGGGCGUCGAGGGCACGCUGUGCCGCGUGCUGGGCGUGCAAUCCUGGAGGGACGUCCGUGAGGACGUGGCGCGCUGGGUGCGGCGCUGCCCCGACUGCCGGGACGGCGACGCCGGCCGCCGCCCCGAGCCGGCGCCGCAGCGGGAGCAGGGCCCGUGGUCCCGGCUGCAGAUCAGCCUCUGCGCCGUGCCGCCCGCCGGCCCGGAGGGGUUCCGGGCGCUGCUGCUGGUGCAGGACGCGCUGUCGGGCUGGCCGGACGCCUUCGCGCUGCGGCAGCCCUGCCAGGCCGAGGCGUCGCGGGUGCUGCUGCGGGAGGCGUUCGGGCGCCGCGGGUGGCGCGGGCGCUCGGGCGGGGCUGGGCGGCGGAGCUGCCGCUGAUCCGGGCGGGAAUGGCGGCGCAGUGGGUGCGGGAGGAGCAGCUGGGCACGCUGCUCUGCGACCCCGAGCUGCCGCUGGAAGUGCGCUGGGGAGGCUCCGGGAAUGGGAAU